AUGAACUCGGACACUUUGACGCGUGGCCUGCUCUUCCUGUCACUGGCCGUGACUGGUAUUCCAGGCAACAUCGUGGUCAUCUGUGCCUUCCUCUCGGUGGUGUAUCACGAGGGCCGUCUCUCGCCCACAGAAAGCAUCGUGCUGCACCUGGCGUCUUCUAACCUGAUGGUGGUGGGCGUUCGCUGCCUGCUGGAGGUUCUAGCCACGUUUGAGAUCCUCAAUGUGUUUGAUGACACCGGCUGCAAGGUGGUCAUCUUCAUCUAUCGCACGUCCAGAUCUCUGUCCAUCUGGCUGACGUUCCUGCUGAGCGUGUAUCAGUGCCUGAGCGUGGCUCCACCGGGUUCGCGUUUGGCCGUCGCCCGUGCUCUGUUCGCCCAGUACCUGGCUGUCCUCUUCCUGGCUCUAUGGCUAAUCAACACCUCCACGACUGCCGCCACGCUGCUUUAUGCUGUAAGUGCCCGGAACGACUCCAGACUCUUGCAGAAUGGGAUCAACAUCAAGUUCUGUAUCCUGAGCUUCCCGUCCAAGCUGGCGAUGGAUGCCAAUGGCGGGGCGCAAGUGGGACGAGACGUGGUGCCGAUAUCUCUGAUGACAACGGCCAGCCUGGUCCUGCUGGUGUUCCUGCUCCGCCGCAGACGGCAGGUGAAGGGUCUGCGGGGCGGCGCAGUGAGGCAGGGUCCAUCUGCAGAGCGCCGCGCUGCCCUCACCGUCGUCACACUAGUCACAAUCUACGUGAUUAUUUAUGGAGUGGACAAUGGAUUGUGGGUUUAUACGCUGACCGUGCCUAAGAUUCUUGACUCCUCGCUGAUCGGAGAUGUGAGGAUCUUCUUGUCGUCUCUGUAUGCCGUCCUCAGUCCCAUUGUGAUCAUCAUCUCUAACAGGAAAGUCAAUAAACAGUUGAAUUGUGGGAAAGAGCCAAAGACGUUCUCGGACGCAGCUCAGCCCAGUGAUGGACAGUCGCAGACUAAAUGAUUUUUAUGAAUCCUUGUUUAAUUUUUUUUGUAAUCCUUUGUCAUUAUGGACAAAGAGAUUCAUUUCUAGAUGGAGGGAUAUAGACUUUUUAAUUUACACUAAUAAG